AUGUAAUAAAUUACAAAUUAGAAGUUUGAGUCCCUUAGAGAACAAUUGGCCACUUCCUAUAAAUAAUCUCAAAUAUUUUCUACCUACAAACAUCAGAACUAGCUCUAUUAAUCUUCAAUAAUCAAGAGUGAGGACAGUUGUUUGGAAUAUAGUAACUUUGAAUAAGAGUAAGAAUAAGGAACAAUACAUUCCUCCGUAAAAUCAGUGAAGAAAAAAAAAUAAUAAGCACGAGUGGUAUGGAUUUUGAUCAUUCCUUUAGAUGGAUUCACAAUACAACUAAAAAGAAAUACUUUAAAGUGUUACCAAAAGCAUCAUCCCAAAAAUCAUAAUGAUAUAGAGGAACUAUAGGAGAUAUUUAAAUAUGAAAACAUUUCAAAAGAAACUUAGAUAGUUGAGAAAUAGGAAAUAUGUUGUUGUUGAAUUUCACUAGAUUGAAAAAAAUUAUAAUGAAGACUUAAAUAUUAUUGUUGCCAGAUUGAUGUCAGACAUCAGGUAAUCCUUAUAAAUGCUAUUUAGUAAGGCGUCAAUCCAUUUUGACUGAAGAAGAGUUGCUGUCCCUAUUUUUGAAUGUUGAGUAAAUACAACAACUAAAUUACAAAUUCUAUAUUACCAUACAAUGUAAUUACCAUUUCUAUUUAAGAAAUUUUACAAAAUUAUUGGCAUUUUAUUAUUAUUUCAUAAUAAUUCAAGAUUUACAUCCCUUUUUUUAAAAUCUAUUAUGAUUACUGCAGCAGAUUUUAACUAGAAAAUAUCAAUAAACUACGUAACACAAAAGUAUCAUAUUGCCAUUAAAUUUAUAGGCAGAAUUCAACUAGUACCUUCAGAGUAUUGAAGCCAGUGGACUCCUCAAGGGUUUGACAUUUGAAUCAUUUCUUGUCAAACCCGUAUAAUAAUUACCGAGAUAUGUCUUGAUGAUAGAAAAGUUAAUUAAAUACACUGAAUUGAGUCAUCCAGAUUAUCUUGAUCUUAAACAAAUAUAAGAGUAAUUCUAUAAAAUCAACGAGUAAAUCAAUUAGAUGAUGAAUACGUAUCAAUUUCAAUAUUCUGUUACUAGUACUCAAAGUAAUUUGAAAUUACUGGCCUAAUUCGGAACAAUUGAUUAAUUGGAAAUUGAGAUGAUCUAAAAAAAGUAGUUAGAAGAAGAGCAAUUUCUUAAAAAUUUAUAAUAAUAGGUGUCUAUCCACAUUGUAUCCACUUUCAAAUAGAAGGAUGGUAUCAAUACUUUCAUAGUCUAUAUAAUCUAAGUAAUUUAUCAUUCCUAUUGAAAGAUUUAAAUUAAUAAUUAUAGGAUCAGAACAUAUCAAAGGUAUAGCGAUUUACUAGAUCUUGAAACAACUCUUUUAGACAGAAAUUUUGAUAUAGACGGAUUACAAAGUAACUGUGCAAAUUUAAUCUCUGAAAAAAAAUUAAUCAAACUUCGUCAAGAAUCCAUAUUACAUUUCUUAACAUCAAUAUUCUUGAACAAAUAAAUGAAACAAUAUGAAGAUAUUCUCAUAUCACAUCUUGAUCUACCUGAAAAUUUCUUUGCAAUCGAUAAAAUCCACAAUGAAACUCUAGUCACGAUGAGAGGGAGUUACACAACUUUAAUGAGAAACACCUUAUUUUAAGAGGAUGAAUUUGAAAUCAUAGUAAUUUUACCAGAUGAUAAAAACAUUACUCUGAAUAUUACUUAACACUGCAAAACUAUUGAUUUAAUAGACACCAUUUGUAGAUCCAUCUUUUUAGAUCGAAACUUCGAUUUCAAAUUGAUGAUUUUCUAAAACAAUACUUGUAGAUAUUUAGAUGACAAUGAGGUUGUUUAUAAGGUUAUGAAAAACUACAAUAAAAAUCAACAAAGUAAGAUUAUUUUUUAAUUAGAUUUCUUAUCCAAAUUUUUCAACGGAAUAUAUUAUUCGAUGAGUUCUAAGUAAUAGCCAAAGUUUUAUUUGAAGAAAUACUUGUAUCUCUGUUACGAAAUAGAAUUUGAACAAUUUAGUAAAAAUAAAAGGAGAUCUCAAUUAUUAUUUUACUAGGAGUUAUCACUAAUGAAAUUCAAUCAUUCUCACAUGAGUAGGCAAGAAUAUGUUGUUCAAUGUGCACUUGCCAUUUGCAUUCUAUAUAACAAUGAAGUUCAUAAGAUUAAAACAUUCGAAUAAGUGAGAAUGUAAUGGUUCUAGAACUUUGUACCUUUACUAAUUUUAAAUAGUAUUAAGAAGGCUGAUUGGAAAAAAUAAAUAUUUUAAUAGAUUCUAAACAUUUUGACAGAAUUGCAAGUUCAAAAGUUUCAACUUAGCUUGAACAAUGAAAUAAGAAUAUUGGAAAUUGAGUUUCUGAACAAUCUCUAUAAAUAAAAACUACAUGGAAUGAAGUUAUUUACAGUAAAAAUGUUGUAAAAUUCAUUUUUAAAUUCAUAAAAAAGAAUGCCUAUUAAAGUAUCCAUAGGAAUCCUUCAUAAUGAAAUUCUAAUAUAUGAAUAAAAUUAAAGUAUUCCUCUGAUGUCAUUGCCAAUUUAGUAAAUGCAGUAAUUGUCUAUUCAGAAUAGUGUAAUGACAACUACUUUUCUUGAAGGGGUUAUCACUUUUCAACAUUAGUCAAUAUUGGAAGUCUAUAGAUUAAUGGAGGAAUACUAAUAAAUUAGUCUUCUAAAAUAGAAAUUAGGUCAUCCAGAUAUGAUAGAAACCAACGAUGUCAGUUAAAGUUAAAUUAUAUGA